CUUUUAUAGUCUCCGACAUUACAUUGGAGGGGCAAACUCAACCAGAUUGCAAGGAUGAACUCCGUCGUGCUGCCGGGCUACCGCUUCUACCCCACCGAAGAAGAGUUGAUCGAUUUCUUCCUCCGAAACAAGCUUGAGAAUCGGCGGCAAGACAUGGAGGUGGCCGUCCCCGUCGUGGAUAUCUAUAACUUCGAUCCUUGGCAGCUCUCUCAGAUGUCUGGGGAAGCGUGCAGGGGGGACGAGGAGCAGUGGAUCUUCUUCUGCCCGCGGCAGGAGCGGGAGGCGCAGGGCGGGCGGCCGACGCGCACGACGCCGUCGGGGUACUGGAAGGCCACCGGCUCGCCGAGCCUCGUGUUCUCGUCGGCGAACCGGGCGCUGGGCAUGAAGAGGACCAUGGUGUUCUACGAGGGCAGGGCGCCCACCGGCACCUCGACCAAGUGGAAAAUGAACGAGUACCGAGCCCUCGACCAGUCCGUUUCCGCCGCCGCCGCCGGGCCACCGAGGUUUCGCAGCGAAUUCAGCGUGUGUCGGGUGUACACCAGGUCGGGCUGCAUAAGAGCGUUCGACCGCCGUCCGACGCCGGCGCAAGGAGUUGAAGAGGCGGCGGCGCUGGUCACCCCCCAAAGGGCGUCUACGGCGUCCGUCGCGCACCACAGCUUUAACUCAUCGAACGGCGCAGCAGGCGAUGGCUUACAGCGCAUUUUGGAGGGACAGCAUCAGCAUGGCGGCGCCGGCGCCGGCGACGAUGACGAAGUGGACGACCCCUUCACGGCAUGCAUCCGGAGUGGGUCCGACUAAAGAUGACAAUAAUUCUAUCGAUUAUUUUCCAUAAUUAUUUAUUAUUUAUUAUUUAUUGACAAAUCGUGAAUAAAUCAAUGCACGAGAGUUGAUUGGAGAUUUGGAUGGGGAAUACAAGAGCAAGCAUUAAGUUGGGUUCACCUUUGUGGCGUGCGUCUGCGGUUGACUAAGGAAAGUUGUUACAGGGGUUGCUGUCAUUACAGCUCGACAAGGGAUGAUAAUUGACUAAUGUUUUAAUGAAUAUAU